CGUUCUUCUGAUAAGGCAACAUAUUGAAGGUAGACACGUGCGUCAUAUUACUGAUAGCCUGGACACAAUGGAUCUAAGGUGGACGUUUAGCGUACUCCUGCUUUUGGCAGUGGGGCGGGGAUCAUUAAGUAAUGUUAUGAAGAAUGAGCGCAGUGCAUUAAUCAGGCCCCCAGGUCCUUCCCUAAGUCCCCCCAUCGGAACGUGUCACCAGAAUAGCGACUGUGGAUAUGGCUCCUGUUGUGUGACAGAUAGGGGAGACACGCUGGCGGAGGGGUCCAGUUACAUGUUUGGUCCUGGUGCAACUGGCACGUGCCGUCCUCACGUGAUACAGGAGCAUGGUGCGUGUGAUUAUCAUUCCGGCUGUUCCUGUGGACCAGGUCUUGAAUGUUACCGGGAAGUUCAAGGUAUCUGCUGUCCUCCAAUGAGAUGUCUGAACGCCACUUACGUCCAACACGAAAAGGAAUAUUGGCACACAUGUUUAUCGAGUGGCUCAUGUGGUUUACCCCCCUAGGGUAUACGACAUCCAUUGUUGAUAACUAUUUUCAAAUAUCUUGCAAAUGCCGGAGAGAAUUGAAAGGAAGUGUAUUACUGUAUCUUAUACUGUGUAGCAGGCUUUAUAACAUACAUUUUCUAUAUGCAAAACUGAUAUUUUUAGUGUAAUAAUUUAAAUAAACCACUCAUAACUCUCUUAGAUUGACAUGUGGUCAUUUGUAAUGUUUGUUGGUUUAAUUGCGUCGCAAAUUUUAUGCAUUUUUUGUGUCUUGCGAGCUUUAAAUAAAACAACAGUAUAUAUAAAGUGAUUUCGGUGGUAUUUCUUAAAUACUAUCGGAUGAAUAACUCGUUCCCCAAUAACUGGUGUAUGGAAGGACAGUAUUAAAUAAAAUCUGUGAAUUACAAAACGCGGGUUCUUUGAAGAAGUUGACAUACAUGGUUAAAUAUUCUAUUUAAUGCAGCAUUAAAAUGCUUAACUUAUGUUUACUCCAUUGCUGUUAACCUUUUGUAAUGGACAAAUCUAGUUAACAAAGGAAUAGAAAAUAUAAUCAAAAGACAAAAUACCUCUAUUACCUAGUUGUGGAAAGAUGUUUUAAAAGAACACAUAAAAACUACUUAAUCUAGUAAUAUAGAAAUAAAACAAUAACAUAAUUACUUCUGAAAAAAGGAAAUUUAAUUUUGUAUGCAACAACAAGUAAACCUGAUGGGUUAGUAUACAGUUUAAAAGUGAAAAAAACAACACUAAUUCUUUAUAUUUCAGUGACAUGUGCACCAUUUUAUAUUUCAGUGACAUGUGCACCAUUUUAUA